CAGUACUUAUUCGUCAAGGCACAAUCCAACAUGGCGGACGAACCAGCCUGCGAAUAGUAUGUCACUUCUUGGACUUGUUCCGGAUUAUGGCAGCGAUUCCAGCAGUUCCUCUGAAUCUGAUGAGGAAGAAAGUAAAGUAAGCGAAUCUGGUAGAAGUAUCAAUGAACAAAAUUCCGGCAACAAGGAAGGAAAAGCUCAAAUACCACUUCCAUUGCCAUCGUUCGAUGUUAGUACACAUAUUUGUUCCUCUAGAUCGCUAUCUGCGUCUAAGGAACUCAACCAGCGAGCUUACCAAACAUCUUCAGUAUUCUUUAACCCUUUCCUUGCUGAAGAGAAAAAGAGACUCUCAGUUUUGGAGAAACAUGUACAACUUUCGGAAGGAAAAUCUGAAAAAGACGAACAGAAAUCGAAAAAGAUUUGUUUUAAGUUUCAGAAGGGACGUUGCCGAAUGGGAGACCGUUGUAAGUUUUCUCAUGGCAUCGGUUCAGGAUCACUUAAUCCUGAAACUGAACAACCCAGAGAGCCGAGUUUAGCUGCAACUAUUUCAACCACAGAAACACGAUACGAACCAGACGAAGACGAAGAAAGAUGGGAACCUACGAAGAAGAAACGAAAAUCUGGAGUAACCGACUCACUUAUUCCACCGAAGCGAGCUUUAGCAUCCUUCGAGAAACAAAAGCGUGAUGACAAACCAUGGACACCAUCAUUGUAGUACUGUAUAUGCUGCUAAGGUUGUGCGGUGUAAGAAUCGUUUGGGCUGUAGCUAAAACAGUUUUCACAAUAAAUUAGAUGUAACA